AUGGAGUCUCAUCGUGUUGAAGAUAUUCGCAUAUACGAGUGUAGACUUCAUAAAUGGGACCCAGCUAUCCAAUGCGAUUUUCUUGAUGGGCAUCCAGAAUCUCCUCCCCCAGAAGAGGAAUACUUCCAGUUUAGAGUUGUUUUGAAAGAACGCUAUUACAAUAUUUCAAACAUGCAUCAUGACAGAACAGCAGAUACAAAUACUACUGAGUACGAUUUUUUCAGCAUCCCAUACGCGUCAAGGAAGGAAGCAACGGAUUAUAUGAUUUCUAUUCUUAAUAUUCCGGAAGCAAAUCGCAAAUCCAUGGCGCAGCAAAUUCUGGAUUACAUGGACUUCGUGCCUGAUCUUGACAAUUCAUACAACUUGUUCGUUAUGAUGCUGGUGAAUGUUGAUAUUUUUUAUCACGACUGUGAUAAAGCUAUGGAAAGAGGUGCCAAGGAGGACCAAGGUUGCAGAUUGAAAGGAGUGAAGAUUCAAGAGGAAGAGGUUGGUGAAUGUGGAAUCUGUUGGGAAAAUUUUAGAAUUGACACGGUUCAAAUGCCUUGUUCCCAUUUAUUUCAUGGGAACUGCAUUUUAAGUUGGCUUUUGAGGAAGAAUAAUUGUCCCAUGUGUCGCUUUCAAAUGCCUUCAAUAGGGACGGAUUCCUAG